AAUACAAUCUGUAGGCACAUUAUAUUGCUAGAAACAGCUAUUCUCUGGCAUAAUGAUAUUUUCUGGCCUUCUUUUCUUGGCGGAAUUGUAGCCUUUUGGCCUGGGGUUGUCUGUUGCAUACAAAAAUCGUAAAACAAACUCCGGUCCGAGACCUUACUUGUCUUCGGGACGUGUAGCAUUCUCCAACAUGGCAGACAUCUUCAACUUCCCCGUGUAUACCCGUGCGGUGGUCCGCCAGAUCUCCAGCAAACUAAACGAAGCGACCCGUAUGGAAGGUUUUGACGAGAUUGCUGAUGUCGACAAGGCAAAGGAAGAGCAUGCUUGUUUGGUCCAAGCGCUGAAAGAUUUAGGGUUGGAGGUGACAGUUCUCCCUGCCGAAGAUUCCAUGCCGGACUGUGCCUUCGUGGAGGAUUGCUGUGUCGUGCUGGGGAAUAGAGCGCUGGUGACAAGGCCCGCCGAUGAUUGUAGGCGGCUGGAGGUUGACAGUAUAGAGUGUUGCAUGACUGACCUUGGACUUGAAGUACACAGGAUCGCUGCUGACUCUGAGGCCACCCUUGAAGGCGGUGACGUCAUCUUCACAGGCACAGAGUUUUUCGUGGGAGAGUCAACACAGUCAAACAAGGCUGGCCACAAAAUCCUGGCCGAAACCUUCCCAGAAUACCCUGUUCACUCCAUCUCCGUACAUCCGCCGGAAGUUCACCUGAAAGGCUUUGCAGCCAUGGCUGCGCCUGGAAUCAUCGCAUUAGUGGACGGCGAAAAUGGAAGAAAUGGUUGGAAGGAGAUGUGUGAAAAGAGUAACUACAGGUACAAAGCCAUAUGGCUGCCAGAGGACUGCGCGGAGAACUGUAUAUAUGUUAACGGGUCCAUCAUCCACGGUCCUGAGCGCCAGUUCCCUAAAAGCUACAAGAUAUUAACUGAAGCCCUGGCCGGCUACCCACGAAUCGAAGUGUCGACGGAAGAGGUGUAUAAGAUAUGCGCCGCGCUGACCUGCCAGUGUCUGCUGUUCUAGUGGCGUGUUUCCGUCUCGUAUUAAAAGUUUAAGCCCCUGUCACACAUUCACGAAU